GAUGGAUGGACCAAGAGGUGAUGGUGAAAACCAGGGUGGGAGUUUGCAAUUGUCUAAGCAGUGAGGAAUUCCCCCAGUUCAAAUUGGGCUGUCUAACCCCCUGACUUUACUACUGGGAGAACUAACCAGGAGCAGUGACACCCCACUGCUACUUAGCAGCAGAGCUGAAAGCUAGAACCCAGAUUAAAAAGAAGCACAGAGGAGGCAGCACUUGAGAGCCCAAAGAGAUAUUGAAGAAGAAAAAGAAAGGGGCCUGAGACGCUGUGGGAACUUGCUGAGGUAGACUGCCUAUAGUGGCGUGGGUUGUGGAUAGCGAGCACCUUGGGAACCAAAGGAGCCUAGAAAGCAGCGAGGGGUGUGAUCAGGUUCCAACUUGCCAUCUAUCAGCGUGGGCUUCAGUGUCUGCCUUCUACCCCCUUACAGGGUCUUUGUGACAUCCAGCCUGAUAAGCUAUGCUUUUUUUAAAAUGCCAGCACAAGUCUUGACAAGCGCUUGCUAAAUCUUUGUCGUGUGUUGACCUUGGAAGAGAAAGGAGCCAUGGUUAUGUGGGGUGGGACACGACCAAGUGACAUGGUUGGGAUACAGGGUAGAGGUCCAGUGUCUCCUGGAGCCCAUUCCUCCUCUGCCUCUGCUGCCUGCAGCUGAUAAACCCCUUAUCUGGCCCAGGCAGGGGAGCCUAAAGUAAGGAUGGGAGGAGAGGGAAGGGCUGCUAUCACCAGCAGGCUUGGGCUCUAUCUCAGGGAAGGGGAGGGGCUGUCUGCCUAAUACUUCCCACAACACACUCCUUGAGGAUCCCCAAGCUCUCACAUCUUGGGAAGAAAGGGCUGAAAUACGAGGUGUGGUGACACAUGCCUUUAAUUCCACACUUGGGAGGCAGGGGCAGGUGGAUUUCUGUGAGCUAGAAGUCAAUCUGGUCUACACAGCAAGUUCCAGGACAGGCAGGAAUACAUAGUGAGACCUUGUUUCAAAAAUAAAAUAAAUAAAGGCUUAGACAUUACACUGAAGACCCAAGAAGAAGACAAGGGUGACUGACUCCUGUUGUUUCCUCCCGGAAUGGAAAAUAAAACUUCAAUCCCCAAACACCAGAAGGCUGGAUUUUGUCUCUGGACAGGAACGCCAUUUUUAGGGAGUAAGAAAAGGCAUCUUGCUGAGAAAAAGUAAAGAUGCCUACUGUGUGCCCAGAGGACUGACUGUGGUCAGAGCAGGUUGCGGGAACCUGUGCUUGGGGGAAGCUGGGGCUAUCAGCUGGCACAGUAGGAUGCCCCCGUGUCCUCCCCAGCCAAACAGAAACAGAUUACCACAGCUGCCUACUGGGGAGCUUGGAGAGAUGGAACUGACUUGGCAAGAGAUCAUGUCCAUUACUGAGCUGCAGGGUCUAAAUGUUCCAAGUGAGCCAUCUUUUGAGCCUCAAGCACCCACCCCAUACCCUGGGCCACUGCCACCUCCAACAUACUGCCCCUGUUCAAUUCAUCCAGAUGCAGGCUUCACCCUUCCUCCACCACCUUAUGAGCUCCCAGCAUCCACUCCCCAUGCUCCAGACCUCCCAUACUCCUAUGGCAACAUAGCCAUACCCGUGUCAAAGCCACUUACCCUUUCAGGCCUGCUCAAUGAGCCCCUCCCAGACCCCUUAGCUCUCUUGGACAUUGGGCUGCCAGUGGGGCAACCCAAGCCCCAAGAAGAUCCAGAAUCUGACUCGGGAUUAUCCCUCAACUACAGCGAUGCAGAAUCUCUUGAGCUAGAAGGUACAGAGGCUGGCAGGCGGAGGAGCGAGUAUGUGGACAUGUACCCGGUGGAGUACCCUUACUCACUUAUGCCCAACUCUUUGGCCCACCCCAACUAUACUCUUCCGCCCACUGAAACACCCUUGGUCUUAGAGUCAUCCUCCGGUCCAGUGCGGGCUAAGCCUGCUGUCCGUGGGGAGGCAGGGAGUCGGGAUGAGCGGCGGGCCCUGGCCAUGAAGAUUCCUUUCCCUACGGACAAGAUAGUUAACUUGCCGGUAGAUGACUUUAAUGAGUUGUUGGCACAGUAUCCGCUAACGGAGAGCCAGCUGGCUCUAGUUCGGGACAUCCGUCGGCGGGGCAAGAACAAGGUGGCAGCCCAGAACUGUCGCAAGAGAAAACUGGAAACCAUUGUGCAGUUGGAGCGAGAGCUGGAGCGGCUGGGCAGUGAAAGGGAGCGGCUCCUCAGAGCCAGAGGGGAGGCUGACCGCACUCUGGAGGUCAUGCGCCAACAGCUGACAGAGCUGUACCAUGAUAUUUUCCAGCAUCUUCGGGAUGAAUCUGGCAACAGUUAUUCACCAGAGGAAUAUGUACUGCAACAGGCUGCUGAUGGGGCCAUCUUUCUGGUACCCCGUGGGACCAAAAUGGAGGCCACAGAUUGAGCUGGCCUAGAGGGGGUGGACACUGGUGCUAGGAACUCCCCUCAUUCCCUUCUGAUAAAGGUACUUCCCAAUCCCCAAUCAAGGCUGAGUUCUCCAGACCAAAAGACCAUUUGGAAGUUCAAAGAUGUAUUUGAGGUUUGCCUGGAGGCCAGGUGAGUGUUGGCUUCUCAGGUCCCCACCUCUACCUCUUGUCCAAGCUUUGGUCCAUAAAGAGCUGUGUGGAAAUA